CGCCAUCAACCCGCGACUCAUACGGUAUGGAAAACACAUGAGAAAGUGGUGAUUACUGUAGUUCAGUAGAAGUCGAGGCUUUAAAGUGCUUUAAGACACCGUGCUGUUUAGGAAUCUGGACGGGAUCGGUGUUAACAUCUUUCUGAUGCGGGAUAGCUGAGAAGUAAACAAAAACCUGCUGUUGAAAUGUCUUUGUUUCUUGUGAACAGAUAUCUUGGUGAGGAGGGAGAUGGGAGCAUCUCAAAGGAGUCCCGGUCUCAGGCGCUGCUGGCUAAACUGCAGCAGAAAGCAAAAGAGAAGCAAAAACAGAGUUUGGCAGAACAGAGACAACACCCAGCUGAUCAACAGACAGAACAGCGUGAUGUCAAAAAGAAAAGAAAAGCUGACAAGGACAGCAGUCAAGAACCUCAACACCACAAAAAGAGGAAAUCUGAAGUGGAGCCUUUGUUUGUCUCAGGCUCUGAUACUCGUGACGAGCCCAUCAAAGAGAAAAAGGAGAAGGAAACAACUGAGAAACAGAAGAAGAAGAAAACAGAUCAGUCAGGUCUUGCAGACACUUGUGUGACUGGAAGAGAUGAACAGAAGGACUCAGGAGGAGGAGAAGAACAAGAAGAGGAAGCAGAGACAGAAAAUGACACACCAAAACAAACCACAGCAAAGACUUCUACUCCAACUGGAUUCACAGUUCUGGGUGGAUUUGAGAACAAACCCGUCCAAAAGGUUCACAGAGUCCUGCCUCAGUGGCUCGCUCAGCCUGAUGUGAUACACAGAGACAUUAAAAGCAACCUGGUCCCCAUUUCUGACAUCCCAGGACUUUCUGCUCAUCUUGUAAAAAAACUACAAAAUAAUGGAAUUCAGCACCUUUUUCCAGUACAAAAGGAGGUCAUCCCGGCCAUCUUGGAGAGCGCACAGCAGGGGCUGCUGAUUGGACGAGGCGGCUACAAACCCAGAGAUAUUUGUGUGUCUGCACCAACAGGGAGCGGCAAGACCCUUGCAUUCGUCCUACCUGUCAUACAGGUGCUGAUGGAGCGGGUGGUGUGUGAAGUCCGGGCUUUGGCUGUGUUGCCCACCAAAGAGCUCGCCCAGCAGGUUUACAAAGUGUUCACAUCAUAUGCAGAGGGAACCACUCUGAAAGUGGUGAUGCUGGCUGGUCAGAAGACCUUUGCUGCAGAGAAGGCUUCACUCUCAGAACACAGAGGGGGCUUGAGACGCAGUUUAGCCGACAUUGUUGUGGCUACUCCAGGUCGACUGGUCGAUCACAUCAACAAGAAUUCAGGCUUUUGUCUGAAGCAGCUCAGGUUUCUUAUUAUUGACGAGGCUGACAGGAUGAUUGACAGCAUGCACCAGUCUUGGCUCAGUGAGGUGGUGAAUGCAGUGUACAGAGCAGGAAGUGGACUAGAGCCUGAGUCCAUCUUCAGGCGGACGGAGCCAGCAUGUGUCACAGCAGCCAGUUUGUCUCCACCUCAGAUGCCGCUGCAGAAGCUGCUGUUUUCUGCCACACUCACACAGAACCCAGAAAAGCUGCAGCAGCUGGGCCUCCACCAGCCCCGACUCUUCAGCUCCAUCCACAGUCACGUCAACGCCAGCAGCAGCAGCACACCAGCAGCUCUCGCCCAGAAACAAGAUCGCUACGACUUCCCCCAAGGUCUGACGGAGUAUUAUGUGCCUUGUACAUUAAGCAAAAAGCCCCUCCUCAUCCUCCACUUCAUCCUGCGCAUGAAGCUCAGCCCCAUCCUCUGUUUCACCAACUCCAGAGAGACUGCACACAGACUUUACCUCCUGGUGCAGCUCUUUGGUGGACUUCAGGCUGCUGAGUUCUCCUCGCGACUGUCUCCUGGGGAGAGAAAGAAGACACUGAAGGAAUUUGAACAAGGAAAGAUCCAACUGUUGAUCAGCACGGACGCUGCUGCCAGAGGCAUCGACAUCAACGGGGUCAAAUGUGUUGUGAAUUAUGAUGCACCACAGUACAUCAGGGCGUACAUUCACAGGAUUGGAAGAACAGCAAGAGCAGGAAAAGCAGGUCUGGCCUUCACCUUUCUGCUAGGAGUGCAGGAAAAGAACUUCCUCCAGAUGGUGGUGGAAGCAGGAAGCCCCGGGAUUCAGAAGCAGAUCGUCAAACCCGAGAACCUGAAGGGAAUGGAGGCCCGAUAUGAACAAACCCUGCAGGAGCUGGCAAACGUAAUCAAGGAUGAGAAAGCCAAAUGAUGGAGCAACAGCGACAUUCUCCUCUGAGCUGACUCUUGUACUGUACGAAGGUCACAUCACAUUUUUCCAGCUGUAUUUGAGUUAUUUAUGUUGUUAAAUAAAACAUAAAAUGUC